GAAUUAGCAUUGGGGAAUUUGGAAUCUGGGUUCGUCAAACUGAAAACCAUCUGCAGGAUGGUGACACCGGAUGAAUCUACGACGUAACCAAUGCCAUCGAGUCAUAGAUUAAACUACUUUCAAGGUAGUAAUUUCAAAAAUAAAUUUUAAAAAGAAAAGAAAGGAGGAGCCAAGAACUGAAGUAAAGAACAACCCCUGCACCCGAAACAUAUGCAAGGUCCGGCCCUUCCAACUCAGGCGACCCCCUCGAUCGCUUCGUAACCGCCUGAUUCAUCAGUCCCUCCUCCAAGGCUUUCACCUCGCGGCUUUAAUCCCAAUUGGGUUGGAGCGCAACCCAAUUGGGGGUUAAUUGGGAUUGCUACUCCGGGGCUUCCCGUCCCUCGUGUUCUUGGAUUCGGCGACGCAAAUCGGCUGGUUUUCUUGCAGCCUCCUGGGUAGAAUCAUGAAGCUGAAAAAUAGCACAGUGGAGAAUUUUAAGGAGAACAACAUGAUUUUCACUUCUGAAGGAAAAUUCCAUGCUAAAAAAGUGCAAGACGAUUAUGGUGCAAUGUCAAACCAACCAGCUGUUGCUCAGACAAGAUGCAAAUGGAUUAUUGGAGAUGUAACUGAGGUCUUGGAUCGCAACACAUGGAAGCUUGGCAAGAUCUUAAAGAUGCUAAAGAACAAUCACUUUGUUAUCAGGCUUGCUGAUUGCAUCCAACUGAAAGAGUUCCAUAUAUCUAGCUUGAGAAUUCCACAUACUGUUGAAGCUCCACAGAGCAAGCCCUUUCCUGCAGCAGAUAAGGCCACCGGACGCGGCAAGCGCCAACCUGCUGAUUGCGUCUUGCCUCGCUCAAGAGCAGUGCAGCAAAUGGCGAGCGGUGCCAAGAAGAGGAAAGCAGCCGCAGACGCCUCUCACCAUUCGAGCAGAAGAGCACACCCCCGGAAGGUCGCCGCAGCUUCCAGGGCCGACAGCUACCUGCACAGCUCCUCGCAGGCCAUAGAGGACGCCGAAUGUUCAGUGGCUAGCUGCAGCGUCAACGAUCCAUACCACUCGGACAAUGGCGGCAUCAGCAAGCGCCGCCGCCCUGGCGCGGGGUGCCUCCCUGACGACGCCAUGUCCGCGUGCCCGUGCUCGCCGGGGGCUCCGGAGGAGGAGCACGAGGGCGCGGUGGACGUGCACGGGCUAGAGCUGGCGGCGUACCGGUCGACGAUGCGGGCGCUGUACGCGUCGGGGCCCCUGACGUGGGAGCAGGAGGCGCUGCUCACGAACCUGCGCCUGUCGCUCAACAUCUCCAACGAGGAGCACCUGCUCCAGCUCCGGCGACUCAUGUCAUCGUGAUCGUUGACGACCACAGCCACAGCCAGCCAGCCAGCCACCUUCCUUCUCCGUGUCCAUCAUCAGUCGUCAUGCACGCCGGGUUCGCCGGACGGCGUCCUGCUCGGUCGAGCUCUGGUUUUUACUAUUCUUGCAUGGUUCACCUGUCUUGUCUAGUCCAAGUAGGAUGCUAUCUUUACCAGUGUCGAGAACUCGAGAUACGGAUAUAUACAGACUCAGAGAGAGAAGUCUGCAUCUUUGUCAUGCCUUGCAUGUGCAUACUGGAUAUGAGUGUAUCGAUCUUGCUUGUAAAUGCAAACAUGUUUACAAGUUUUCCUUUUGAGUAACCAUGUUUACAAGUUC